AUGGAUGUACCAGAGGGGAAUGGAAACCCUUUGGGCAAUGGACUCGGUCGAGCUAGGCAAACUCGACCGAUUGGUCUAGGAGAUGCUCCAAACCGCCACCAACAGAGACAAGGGAUUGUUCCACCACCAGUGCAGAACCACAACUUUGAGAUCAAGCUGGGAAUGAUCAACCUUGUUCAGAACAAGAUGUUCCAUGGAUUGCCAAGUGAAGACCCCAUUGACCACCUUGAUGAGUUUGAUAGGCUUUGUGAUUUGACAAAGAUCAAUGGUGUCUCUGAAGAUGCCAUCAAGCUGAGACUCUUUCCUAUGUCUCUAGCUGACAAAGCUCACCAAUGGGAGAAGAGCUUGCCCCAUGGCACAAUCACCACUUGGGAUGAAUGCAAGAAGGCCUUUCUUGCUAAGUUUUUCUCCACCGGUCGCACAGCCAAGCUUAGGAGGAGAUAUCGAGCUUCAUACAGCGAAACAAUGAGACAUUCGCAGAGGCUUGGGAGAGGUUCAAAGCUACACAAGUAUAGGGAGAUGCUUGACACAGCCAGCAAUGGGAACUUCCUCAAUCAGGAUGUGGAUGAUGGCUGGAGCUUGUGGAGAACAUUGCAAACUCCAAUGGAAGCUAUGGAGAAGAGUAUGGAGAAGAGUAUGAUCGCACCAAUCGGAGCUCGACCCACCACUCGAUCGAGUCAGAUGAAAAUUGAGAAAAGAUGUUAA